CAAGAACGUUGCCCCAGCAUCUAACCCUGAGCACAUCUAAAUUUCGACCUCGUCGCCCAUUGCCCUUCAGCAACCCAUCACCAUGUCCACGCCUUCAGCCUCCCAAAACCCCGUCGACGCCCCACCACACGUUCUGGAACUUCUCUUCAAGCUUCACAAAAAGUCUCUCGAGCAGGAAGCUGCCAUUGCCCAGUCCAAGGAAGGCAAGAUAUUCUCCGCCAGCGUCAUCAAGGACCUGGGAGACAACCGCCCCAAGGAAGACACAAUUGCCGAGUUCGACAAGUUGAUGCUGGACAAGUUUAUCGCCCUCGACGAAGACAAGUGCCAGUUCACCUACCAGUUGAUUACCGCCAUGGGGGCCACAAACGUCGUUGAGGCGGGCACUAGCUUCGGUGUCAGCACGAUCUACCUAGCGCUUGCGGUCGCAAAGACCAAGGCGGCGAUGGGCAAGCCAGGCGUGGUCAUUGCGACCGAGAAGGAGAAGCAAAAGGCUCAAAUUGCGAGGGAUUACUGGAGGCAGUGCGGCGACGAAGUCGAGAGCCAGAUAGAUCUUCGAGAGGGGGACCUGCUGGAGACAUUGAAGGAGAAUCUGCCCGAGGUGGAUUUGCUCUUGUUGGACAUCUGGUCGAAGCUCGCUCUGCCAACUCUGAAGACAGUCCAGCCUCGUCUCCGGCAUGGCGCCGUAGUCCUGGCUGACAACACCAUCUCUGGCGCCGAGGGGUAUGCCGACCUUCUUGCCUACCUCAGAGAUCCAAAUAGCGGAUUCCGCAACAUGACGCUGCCUUUUACAAAUGGGUUUGAGAUGUGCGUGUACCUGCCGGAGCGGAAGUGAGUCAAUGGAAUGCUUGAGUAUGGGUUACGUCACGGUGUCCAUGUACUGUCUAGAGAGAUCAGUCUUUCAAAGGCGUGUUCCGAGUGUUAGGGUAUGUCGAGCACUGGUUCGAGUGCGGCAGUUCUAAAGACAUCUAUGAGCGGAGAAUGACCCAUAGAGACCGCCAUAGUCAAGUACACAGAUAGCAAUAGUUCAAUAUCAA